CCAACAACACACGUACAAAACGUGUAACGCGUCGGUCGAGAGGAAUUGCUCGUGAUCUGUCAGUUUUCUUUCUGCGUGCGAGAAGUACAUACCGUCGAAACGUAUAUUUAUGGGUUACUUGGUAAAUCUACCCACCUGGUUGUGAUGGCAAAGGGAAAACGGACUCCUAAGCCAAGCGUAAAACGAAAUGCUCUCAAAUCAGCAGUGAAACGAAAAGCAAAAAGAAAUCGUUGGAUUCGAUUUGGUCGAAAAAAGAAGCCACGCUUGGUAUGUGUGCAUGUAUAAAGUGACCAGUGUCUAGAGUUAGCAGCUUCCUACGUUUUCAUUUACUACAUCUGUCCCGUGUGUUUAAACGUUGACAGCUCAUCCUCCAGUCACCAUGGCAACGGUGGCGGACCAGAGGCGGGGCCUGGAAAUAAGCCUAGGAGUGGCACUCAAGACCUGGGGAAGGAAAGCUCUGCUGCUCCUCUAUAAGGAUAGGUUUUCAAAAACACAUCCAGGCAUGGAACCUCAUGACAUCCUGAUGUCAAAGUCGGCGGCGAAGUUUAAGCUGAAGCAAAACAAGGCCCAGGCCGAUGCCAUCCGAAGUAACGAAGUCGACAGGUUCGACAUCAGCGCCCUCCACCUGCUGCUCCGCUAUGCGUGCGGCUUCUCAAGCAGAGCCAAUCACUGGAAAAAUAUGGCGACGCUGGAAGGCAACAUCGAAAAGCUGAAGGAUUUACGUAACAUGGAGGCCCACUGGACGGAGGAAGUUUACUCUAAGGAGAAUCUGGAAGAGAAAUGGAUCGAGCUUGUGAAGGCUAUAACGUUCAUUCUGAAGCAUGGAGGUCUCGAUCAGUGGAUACCUAUCUUCAAGGAGAAUUUGCAGCUGAUAAAGCAAGGAGAAGUCUACGACGGGGAUAAAGUGCUGUUGCAAAAGGCUCUUCAGAGUGAACUUCGAGAUCUGUAUAAAAGCGGUCGGAAAACAACGCUCAAGCCCCUUGUGUGGGCUGGUCGCCUCUUUCGAUUCACACACAAUGCCCUCGAAGCUUACAUCACCACCAAAUUCUCCUUUAGUCGAGAUAAGCUUGAGACCUUUAUUGAAACCAAUGUCUUGUUGGAAAAUAGAGGCAGCUGUCAAUUUAUGGUGCUGCAGGGCGAGUCUGGCACCGGCAAGACGUCACUCCUCCGUUACUUUGCCUCUGUUUGGAAAAGGGAGCAGCCAUGUCCUGUAUCCACACUUAACAACAUUGACUAUCUUAUGUUCCUGGAUUGCAGUGCCGUAUCUAGCACUACCUUCACAACUGGUGAUAUCCUCAAAGAGAUUGUCCCAAUAACAUCCUCCUCCACAAAUGUCGCUUCAAUUGUGGAAAUUUUAAGGCAAGCGACAGGCAGUGUAAUGUUUCUGAUUGACUCCUUUGACGAGAGACUGGAGGCUUUUCAAGGGUGUUUCAAGGACCUGCAGAGAAAAUUUCCUAAAGCUAUAUUUUUGGUCACCACACGGCCGCAUUUGACUCCUGCCAUUGGUAACUUGUGCGAUGAUGUCCCACUGGUUUUCACAGCACACGGAUUUAAUUGGUCCAGCGCGAGAGCCUGCGUCAGUAAGCUUCUUGCUGUAGAAGAUGAACAUGAGAACCCAGACAAGCUCCUCAAAAUUCUAUCACCACACCAAGAACUUGUGAAAAUCCCUCAGCUUUUGUGUUGGUGUACAUGGCUGUGGCUAGAACAGGGAAACACCAUUUUUUCAACGCGUGGAAAUAUAUUUUACAGUUUGACAGACUUCAUGAUAAGGAAACUCUGCCACAUUAGUGAUAUAAGAAUUAUAGCAGGAGAACUACCAAAAGCAGGUCAACAGUGGUUAAGUGUAGUGGCUGAAUUUGCUUAUAACCAGGCGAAAAAAGGGCUAGGUUCAUUGAGUAAGACUAGUGAAGAAAUUACAUGCUUGGAGUCUAAAGCAAAGGAUCUUAAACUCAGGCCUCUUGAAGCUCUCUCAAGUCUUAUGCAGUGUGACAGCUUUAUGUCGGCACAUGGAGAACAUGUAAAUUUCCAGUUCAUACACAACUCCCACGCAAACUUUCUCAUAGCGUACCAUGUUUCUGAAUGUCUGAGAAAUGACAAAAUCACAAUUACCAGUCUCAUAAAGGACUUGCAAAUGGACCAGAAGACCAUCUUAACAUUUGUGGUUAGUAUUCUCUUCCAAAACAAGAAAAAACCUGUUGGAUAUCACAGACUUCAAGAAAUUGCCUCUCUGAGUAGACAGCAUGUCAAGUUCUACGAUAUAAACUUCUUUUUGGAUCUCAUAGAGGAAAGCCAGUACGACAAGGGCCUUGCACAGGAACUAGCACAAUAUUUGCCCAUUGCUGACGCAGAGCCCUCGCCCCAGAUAGGCCUAGGGAGAGUAGGUGACCUGAAUUCUCACUACUUGUGGAUAAGGAAGAAGGAAAUAGAACGAAGUGAAGCUAUGUCCAUGUUGCUCUCUCUCUCAACUCCCUCUCGACUGUGGCUGCGUCUGUCGGAUGGCAUAUUGGCUGACGAUGGCACAUGUGGUUCAAAAGUGGUGCAGUGUGAUGCUGAAGCUGCAAUGAUUCUUAUCAGGGAUUCCUACAAGGACAAGCCUCUCUGUGAGCUGAAAUUAAGUGACUUUACAUUGAGCCGUCCCCUUGUCUGGCCGCAGAACCUGUGGUGGCUGUCCAUACAUCGCUGCAAGAUUGAGACAGAUCUCGGCCUGCAGGACGGUCUCUUGAAACUGAGCAUGGACGAGUGUACGAACUUGGGACACGUGAGCAUUCCCUCUACUGUGAAGUCGCUAAAAUUGCAAGAAAUGGAUGUCGACGACCCGGUCCUUCCCCCUGGCCUUGAAACUCUCGUGGUAGAAUCCUGCCGGGUUUUCAGGCACCCGGCCCUGUCCCCGAGGCUUAAGAAACAUACAUUCGUAAACUGCACGUUUUGGGAAGACGUUGAACUCUACCUUGCGAUGCUGAAUUCGCUCUCAUGCUCAGACAAAGCAACGUCAUUGGAUUGUUCUGACUAAACACUAAGGUAGCUGAGGUUGCUGCUGGCUUUUAACCAUAAACAAACGAGUGGGCUGUUAACAGACUUUUUAAUUAAUAGGAUGAAGUAAGAUAAAAAGUGACAGAAUUUCUUUGAAAAUGUUAUUUUAUACAAAGGAAGUGCUACUUAAUGCAGUGAAGUACAAUAUAUCACACACAUACAUACACGCACGUGAGUGCAUAAUACAUAUUAUCUGUGUGUGUGUGUGUUUCUUUUGCUCAUGUUCUGAAAGAUGAUUUUAAAAUGUUUGUAUAGUGCAAAGGGUAUCUCAGUAAUUGUGAAUAUAUUCUUAUUUUUCGCAUAAAAUGGGGAUCAAAUGAUGACAAAGAUGUUCAAAUAAAUCUAACGAUUAUAAAGAGGGUAGUUAAGGUAUGCUGUUCCUAGAAUAAUUACUAUUUGAGUAACAGUGAAUUGCAUGGUAAAGGUUAUGUAUAAGUAGUGCUUAUAUAGUUUAUAAAAUCAAAAUUUGUAUAUUUGUGAUUUGUGAUUUAGUAUAAUUAGAUAAGGGAAUUAUAUAUUAGUAAUGAAAAAAUAUGCGAUGAAAUCGUAUAUUAUUUAAUAUAAUUAGAUAUAAGUAUCGACUAAAUGGUGAAGUAUAGUAAAAUAUGGGUGAUUAAGUACAUGAUGCAGUAUAGUUAUAUAUAAUCAUAGAAUAAGUGACAUUAGCAUUAAAGUUUGUAAGAACAUUAUAUUUUAUAAUACGGAGUGAUAUUUUAGAAUUACAUACAAUAUAUCGAAGAGAAGUUGUUAUAAAGUUUGAAAUUUACCUCCUAAAAAUCCGCGAGAUACUGUGGUUUCCCGGCCUUCUCUUGAGCUUUGGACGAACUUUUUAAUUCGCUGGUGAAAGUGUCGAAAGACAUGGUGAUUUUUAUUCGCUGGCUAUUAAAAUCAUGAAUUCGCAGCGUCUGUCUUUUGUUUGUCUUUAGUUGGGUCCUCCAAUGCCAGUUCCUUCAGGAGAUUAUCUGAGGCCCCCCGAGCCCGCUUCCUGCCUAUCCACUUUCGUAACCAUACCCUUCUUUUUCUUGGCCGUUUUCUCGUAACAGAAUCACUCAUUCUCAAAGGGCAACAGCGGCUCGCAACACACCCUCCUCCGACGCCAUCCCGCGGGGAACUGCUCGAGGACGCGUAUUUCACCAGCUUCGUGUAAACGGAUUAUCGCUUGUGUCUUGAUCAGCUUGAAAUUCGUUCUGGGAGACCGAUAACUAGCCUAACGUCAAAGCAAACCGGUUUCCACAAGGAUACCUCGCGAAAAUGUGAACGCCAAUUUGUAAUUCAGUACAACUAUAUAUUAAAUACUUAGUACAGCUUACUGUAUUACAUUUUUUUAUUCAUGUGUUUUACUUUUUUAUUAAUUGGUGGUUAUUUUAUUUCAUCAUUGAUUUAUGAAUGAAAUAUGUGAUAUGGUAACUGUUAUUGUCAUCAUCAUCAUCAUAAUAAUAAUAACAGUGGUAAAUGAUAAUCUACAAGGACAUAAUCCAAUAAUUCAGUCAAUGGUAAUAUGCCACGUAGCACCAGAAAGUAAUGUAACAAGGGACCAACAGGAAAACAUUAUCAUUGAAGAAUCUGGAUGAAAAAGCAAGAUACACGGAAAACUUGGCCGCCAUUGCCUUGACUGGGCGCCCUUCCUAACCUCAACCGUCGUCUGUCUUGGAAAUUCCCACUUAGCCACGGCAUUUUUCUGGGGAAUUUAGAAGCGAGAGAGAGAGAGAGAUAUGGAGUGAUUUGUAAAGGCUAUAAUACAUUACAUAGCAUAUAAUCAAUAUUGGUAUUUUUGCAAAAGAGAAAGACGUAGUGAUUUGAAAAAGGGUAAUUGGUAAUGGAAUAUGUGUUCCUAAGGCACUAAAAUACACCAAAGCAUAAA